AUGGCAGCUCCUCCCCACGGUGGCAUGACACCCGGCAACCUUCCGACAUUUCCCUUCUCUCCGGCAGUCUCACAAGCCCUCGCCGGUUCAUCACCUCAUCCAAAUCUCAAAAAGUCACCACACAGCUCUGCUCUCGCACCAUCGUUAUCAAGCAGUGGCUUACAAUUCGGUUCUCCUGCGAGCUCCACGACCGGCACGAAAUAUCUGAAUUCCUUAAACUCGUUACUAGGCGCCGAUGGAAGCGGACCUGGUGUCGUUGGAGGAGGGGAGGAUAAGGAACGGAGUAAGCUUAAGAGAGUACUGAAGGUACUAAAAAGUCGGCCUGGGAAGAUUUCCGAGGAAGGGAUUAAGAGAGUCGCUAGGAGAGCUGGAAUGCAAUACCAUACUGAUAGCACUACACUUAUGAAAGGCGUUCACACGUUGAUCAUAUCAGGUAUUAUAGUGGUGGUAGACGUCGACUUCAAGGAUGCAGCUGUCUCGCGUGUCACCCUCUCCUUCGCCGAAACUUCAGGUCCAACGGCCGAAUUCUCAGAUCGGGCCGCUAAAAUUCUCGAAAAUACACUUAUCUCCCAGUCGUCGGCUACAUCUUUUUCACAGAACACAAACUCUUCAACUUCGACCUAUAGUAUAACCUCCUCCCUCGCGCAAUUCGCCGAUAAUCUCGAGCGUUUCGCCAGGUCGGACCGGCUUAGUCAUCUUCCUUCUCUCAAUUGUUUCAGUGCAGUAACGGGGCUUUAUGUUUCCAUGAUGAAGAUUUGGGAAAAGGAAGUGGCAAGCUUCGGUGGGGAGGUUGAAGCUAUGUGUAAAGGGAUGGGAAGGCCGGGGAUGCAUUUGAGAGCCAAAGUAGGGUUUUGCAUUGAUUAUUGGAAGGAGAGGAGGUUUAUUAGUGAGAAGAUGGAAGGGAAAGGGAAAGGACGGGAGGAUGGAGAGGAGAGUGGGAAGUUCUGGAGGGUGGUGAUUGAUGUUGAUGAGUUGCCGAAUGAAGCGUAUAUUACGCCGGUUCGGAAUUCAGAGGAUUGGGUGUCGGAUAACGUUCUGAAGGGAUCAGAUGGCCUCUUCGGUACUGCUGACACUCACGAGAUCGAUUGGAUUGAGCCGCCAUUGAAUAACUACGAACCAGCUACAAAGCCUGAAGUUCUAACCCGACUAAAUAACACCCGUUUUAUCGCAAAGCUGGAUCCACCGGUUGUUAUCAGUUUGCAAGACGAAGUCGAGAUCUUGAAUGCAGCUGGUGCGUCUAUGAUGUCGCAGGUUAUGCCAGGACCACUAGAAGGAGUUUUAUGCCCCAAGAUCAAAGGAGGGAAAGAGCCACUGGUGAACGGGAGAAAGGUUUAUGCAGGAAAGGAAGGGGAAAGCGCAGAACAUUCUUAUAAUUUGAAUACGUUGAGGCCGGCGUACGGGCGGGUGCUAGAAGAGAUUCCAUUUUCUCAUCCGAGACAGUUGGGUGUCAUCUUCCAGAUACUACGAAAAUACGCCUGCUUCAGCACAAUAUUCCACAGUGCAUUCCCAGAAGACCUGUCGCUGCCGCCACCAUCACCAACUCAGCAACCGCCUCAACAACCAGAAGUAAUGGAUAUCGACGAGUUCCUUUCCGACUCAGCACCUGUUAAAUUAGCGGUACCGGUUGACAUAUCGAUGAACACCCUCCCGUUAGGUUAUUCGUUGAUAUUCCCAUACGACUACGAGAGCAUCAGCCAAAUUGAGAUUAGUAUAUUGAAUAAUGCAGAACUGCAGAUAUUGGCUGUCAAUGGAGGGGUAGCCAUGGCAGAGGUGGAGAGUGUCAAGAGGGUGGUGGAAGUCACUGAGGAUAUCGGGAUUUUAGUAGAGUGGAUGAGAAGGAAAGGGAGCAAUGACAUCAGCGGAGAGGCCAUGGUUGAGUAA